UCAUUGUGUUAAGAAAGCGCAGAAAUAUGAUCCACAAGAUAUUUUUACAAGAAAUCCACAAACUAAAUUAGGUGACACCUAAUCAAACACCUUUGUCCCUCUAGCUGAUUCGGUUAAUAAAUCACCAGCCACACGUCAAAAAGGCACCUAAUAGGGCAUGUGUACCAGGAUUCGAUAUCAGCUUUAGUCGGCAACAGCUUCAGGUCAUUGAUCCCCAGCCUGAAGCCCCGGAUGGCCACCUUCAUGUAUACACUAGGGUGUCCUGUUCCCGCCAGAAUGAGACGAGGUCAGAGGUUACAGCGUCUUUCCCAACUCAUCAUCUUCCUCUGCUUCAUCUCCUCCAUGACUGUAGUCUACGUCGCCAUGACAACAAAUUACAAGGCCCGGUGGGCCCAUGUUAUUCACAGGGACAUCCGUCAAUUACUAAAGGACCAUGAAGCUAUACAUUACAGCACGGACGGCUUGGAACCAGAAGUGAUGAACGCUCUGGAACGACGGUUUGCUGGCAGAAGGAAGAUAUAUGACUGGGCAUGCGCAAAGGCAGGGUCUUUCCUUCAUGGUGUUGCCAUGCCAACAAACGUCAAACAAGAUGGACGGAAGACCUACAUUCAACAUAAUGUCACAAUGUGUUUUGUUGAAAAGGUUGGCUCCAUGUUUUGGGGUCGCUAUUUCAAUGCAUUUGAACAAUCAACAGUCGGUAAUAUCCAGCCAAGUGUCGCAACGUGGAAACUGUCGGAGGAAGAAUAUGGCGCAACUUUGAAAAUAGCGUUUGUCAGAAACCCAUACUCAAGACUCCUAUCUGGAUACGUUGAUAAGAUCUUCUCGACCAAUCCGGACUAUAUGCGCAUCAUGGGCAGACAUAUCAUACAGGAUAUCCGGUUCAAAGGGCAGAAGCGUCCGAAUAUUCAGUGCGGGAUAGAUGCAACUUUCGCUGAAUUUGUGGAGUAUAUUUUAUAUCAAUAUGAAAGUAAACAGAGCAUUAACAAUCAUUUCAAACCCAUCCACCAUAGAUGUGCGUUUUGUCGAAUGAAGUAUGAUUACAUUGGGAAAAUGGAAACGUUUCUUGAGGAUAUGAUGUUCGUGAGUAAACGGAUCGGAGCGCUGAAACACAACCGAACCAGUGACGUCAUCCGGAAAGAGGGUUUCCAUGGCAUCGAGGAAAUGAUGUACAGAAAUUCUUACAAUAUUUUUACAAGUAGAUUAAAGGGUAUCUUAGACUGUGGGGUCUCGUUACGAGAGGCCCUAAAGCUGACUUGGAGACGAUGGAAGAUCAGAGGGUUUCUUGAAACCAAGUUUGAGUUUCCGUUCCGUGAUGACGACAGGGACCUGACCUCGGAACGGCUUCAUGCAUAUGCUGUCAUGGCGCGGGCGUCAUCAGAUCCCAAGACGUUGUCAAAGGCAAAGAAAGCGGCGCUACGAGAGGCCUACAGCACUUUGACUCUUCAAACGAAAUUGAAACUUAAAAGUAUGUUUGAGCCUCAGUUUGAAAUGUUUGGAUACGAAGCUAUGCCUGAAAGUGUGUUUGGUAGUUUUGAACAAUCAGAGUCUGAUUUUAGAUUCUUUGAUGUGAGAGGUAUUUUUGAAAAAAAAUCAUGAAUCCGGAUAUGCGGCUGCUCUGAAGGCGAGGGUUGUAUGUGUAAACAAUUGUCUGUAUGCCAGUAUUUCAAUAUGCGUAGGGUGCCAGUAUUUCAAUAUGCGUAUGUCAAUGUGCAAAGAUGUGAAUGCAUGCCAAUAUGCGUAUGUCAAGGUGCAAAGAUGUGAAUGCAUGCCAACAUGCGUAUGUCAAGGUGCAAAGCUGUGAAUGCAUGUCAAUGUGCAUAGUUGUGAAUGCAUGCCAAUAUGCGUAUGCCAAGGUGCAAAGCUGUGAAUGCAUGCCAACAUGCGUAUGUCAAGGUGCAAAGCUGUGAAUGCGUGCCAUAAUGCGUAUGUCAAUGUGCAAAGCUGUGAAUGCAUGACAACAUGCGUAUGUCAAGGUGCAAAGAUGUGAAUACAUGCACAUAUGUGUAUGUCAAUGUGCAAAGCUGUGAAUGCAUGACAAUAUGCGUAGGUCAAGGUGCAAAGAUGUGAAUGCAUGCCAAAAUGCGUAUGUCAAGGUGCAAAGCUGCGAAUGCAUGCCAAUAUGCGUAUGUCAAGGUGCAAAGCUGCGAAUGCAUGCCACGAUGCGUAUGUCAAGAUGCAAAGCUGUGAAUGCAUGCCACUAUGCGUAGGUCAAGAUGCAAAGCUGUGAAUGUAUGCCACUAUGCGUAUGUCAAGAUGCAAAGCUGUGAAUUUAUGCCACUAGGCGAAUGUCAAGAUGCAAAGCUGUGAAUGCAUGCCACUAUGCGUAUGUCAAGAUGCAAAGCUGUGAAUGUAUGCCACUAUGCGUAUGUCAAGAUUCAAAGCUGUGAAUGUAUGCCACUAUGCGUAUGUCAAGAUGCAAAGCUGCGAAUGCAUGCCACUAUGCGUAUGUCAAGAUGCAAAGCUGCGAAUGUAUGCCACUAUGCGUAUGUCAAGAUGCAAAGCUGUGAAUGCAUGCCCCUAUGCGUAUGUCAAGAUGCAAAGCUGCGAAUGCAUGCCACUAUGCGUAUGUCAAGAUGCAAAGCUGCGAAUGUAUGCCACUAUGCGUAUGUCAAGAUGCAAAGCUGUGAAUGUAUGCCACUAUGCGUAUGUCAAGAUGCAAAGCUGUGAAUGUAUGCCACUAUGCGUAUGUCAAGAUGCAAAGCUGCGAAUGCAUGCCACUAUGCGUAUGUCAAGAUGCAAAGUUGUGAAUGCAUGCCACUAUGCGUAUGUCAAGAUCCAAAGCUACGAAUGCAGGCCACUAUGCGUAUGUCAAGAUGCAAAGCUGUGAAUGUAUGCCACUAUGCGUAUGUCAAGAUGCAAAGCUGUGAAUGCAUGCCACUAUGCGUAUGUCAAGAUGCAAAGCUGUGAAUGUAUGCCACUAUGCGUAUGUCAAGAUGCAAAGCUGCGAAUGCAUGCCACUAUGCGUAUGUCAAGAUGCAAAGCUGUGAAUGCAUGCCACUAUGCGUAUGUCAAGAUGCAAAGCUACGAAUGCAUGCCACUAUGCGUAUGUCAGGGUGCAAAGCUGUGAAUGCAUGCCACUAUGCGUAUGUCAAGAUGCAAAGCUGCGAAUGUAUGCACAACUGCGUAUGUCAGGGUGCAAAGCUGUGAAUGUAUGCCACUAUGCGUAUGUCAAGGUUCAUAGUUGUGAAUGUAUGCACACAUGCCCUUGUCAAGGUGCAAAGCUGUGAAUGUAUGCCACUAUGCGUAUGUCAAGAUGCAAAGCUGCGAAUGUAUGCACAACUGCGUAUGUCAAGAUGCAAAGCUGUGAAUGCAUGCCACUAUGCGUAUGUCAAGAUGCAAAGCUGCGAAUGUAUGCACAACUGCGUAUGUCAGGGUGCAAAGCUGUGAAUGUAUGCCCCUAUGCGUAUGUCAAGGUUCAUAGUUGUGAAUGUAUGCACAUAUGCCCUUGUCAAGGUGCAAAGCUGUGAAUGUAUGCACAACUGCGUAUGUCAGGGUGCAAAGCUGUGAAUGAAUGCCAAUAUGUGUAUGUCAAGGUGCAUAGUUGUGAAUGUAUGAACAUAUGCCCUUGUCAAGGUGCAAAGCUGUGAAUGUAUGCACAUAUGCGUAUGUAAAGGUGCAUAGUUGUAAAUGCAUGCCAAUAUGCGUAUGUCAAUGUGCAUAGUUGUGAAUUCAUGCCAAUAUGCGUAUGUCAAAGUGCAAAGCUGUGAAUGCGUGCCAAUAUGCGAAAGUCAAGGUGCAAAGCUGUGAAUGCAUGACAAUAUGCGUAUGUCAAGGUGCAGAUCUGUGAAGGCCUGCCAAUAUGCGUAGGACAGGUACAUAGUCUGAUUUUUAAUUGUAUUUUUUACGUUCUGAUAUUACAUGUAUAUUAGUGUUAUUGUUUCAUAUGCAGUGUAAUUAUAGAAUAUAUGAAGAAAUAAAGAGUA